GGCGUGACGUGAGGACGCGGGCCCCUUGCCCCUCCCCCACCGGAGCCGCCUCGAGUCGAGUGGAGUCAAGGCCGACACAGGCGGCGGGAAGCGGCGGCGGCGAGAGUUGGGCCUAUGGCGGCCCCCGGCAGGCAGUAUGGGCUUAUACUUCCAAAGGCAAAGCAGAACACCCUAGCAUUAUCCAAACAUUCGAUUUUCAAUGAUUCAGAUGAUGAGACGUCGGUCAAUGAGAACCUUCAGAAGGAGUCGCUGAAGAAGUCGAUGAUGAAGCAGACUAAAUUGGAAAUGCAAAAAGCGCUGGCCGAAGACGCCACGGUCUACGAGUAUGACAGCGUUUAUGAUGAUCUUCAGCAAAAGAAGCUGGAGAGUAACACAAAAUCACUGUCUGGUUCAAACAAACAGUCCAAGUACAUAGAGAACCUGAUGAAAGCGGUGGGCGAGCGAAACAAGGAGCAAGAUCGAAUGACGGAGCGCAAAAUCCAAAAGGAACGAGAGGCUGAGGGAGAGAAGUACGUGGACAAAGACGCAUUUGUCACGUCCGCUUAUAAAAAGAAGCUCCAGGAAAGAGCUGAAGAGAAAGAGCAAGAACGCAGAGCAGCAGAUAUGGAGGCCUCUCUGGACGUGACUAAACAGAAAGAUCUGAGUGGUUUCUACCGGCACUUCUUGAAUCAACAAGUGGGUGAAGAGGUUAUUCCCGAGUGCAGCAUCCGUGCUAUCAAAGGGAUAAAAGAAGAACCUGAAGAUAAUGCCCGUAAAGAUCUCGAAGGUUCAUCAGGUAACAAACCAGACCAAGACCCAGAUGCUGACGCUGGCUUUGACACUGGCAGCGAUGAUGAAACCAAAGCUAAACACGGCCAGAAGCAAAUGCCUUCCAAAGCGAGAAAUGAUGGCGACAACUCGGACACCAACGAAGACAAAGCCAGAAGUCGUCAAUACAGAAGACAUGCGGAAUCUUCCAGUGAUGAAGAGCAAAGUCAACGCGUGGGCCAAUCAACCAGAGAGGGCAGAAGCGAGAAAGGCAAGAGCUAUUCCAAGACUCCUCGAGAUGCAGAGAAAAGAAGCAGAAGUGGAGAAAGAUCAAGCCAUAAGGAGCACAAACGUGUAAAGGAAAAGCACAGAGAAAAAGACCAUUCAAGAAAAGACAGGGACCGAGACAGGUAUCAGGACAACAAAGAGAGAAAAAUCAAGGAGGAGAAACCGAAAGACCACAACAGUGGCAGGGACGAGAGAUCACGGGAUUACAGAGAAAGACCUAGAGAUGACCAAGCGAGAGAUGAAAAGCUCAAAGAACGACAGCGGAGCAAAGUGGAAAAAUACCCAAUGAGAGAUGGGAGAAGAAAGGAUGAAAAGAAGAAGGAGAAUGAAGAACCAGAAGAGAGAAACUGUGACCGGGAUAUCCAGGAAGCGGGAGGGGACCCGCGUGAGCCAGUUGAUCCGAAGCACGGGGGCAGUGAAAGCAAGGAAGAUAGUUCCGGGAAUGCUUCAGAUAAAGAGAAAUCCAAGGAACAAUGUCACAAGAGGUCCAUGUUACAAGAGAAGGAUGAACAAGGGAAUGCGGAGCUCAAAGAUACCGGGGACGAGGACAAGAGUUUGGAUUUGUCGAGUGAGCAAGUAUUGAAAGAUGACUCCGAGAAGGAGACAAACGGACCUGACCACUCUCAGCAGCUCAGUAAAUUUGUCAAACGCAGCAAUCAAGAGACUAUUACCUCGGCCAAAGAGCGGUAUCUGGCAAGGCAGAUGAACAGGUCCUCGACAAAAGCAUAUAUCGAACCAGAGGAAAACGACUAGAUUUAUUCCAGACUAUCUACCCAAAAAAAAAAAUUCAGUUUAAGUAUAUGCACACAUAAUUGUUUUAAGUUUUUUUGUGGUCUUGUAUGGAACACAGUAACCAUUAAAAACAUCGAUUAGCAAA